CCUUAUCCUUCCACACCAACCCAAUAUUACUCUCUUUCAAUACCAAUUAAAAACAUGAAAUCCCCACAACCAAUCUAUAUCCUCUUUGCCCUACUUCUGGCCACCGGAAAAUGGGUCUCCGGCCAGAACUGCGGCUGCGCUUCCAACUUGUGCUGCAGCCAGUUCGGCUACUGCGGCACCGGCAAUGACUAUUGUGGCACCGGUUGUCGGUCCGGGCCAUGUUUCGGCUCGUCAGGCGGCAAUAACGGAGUUAGGGUUUCGGAUAUUGUCACCGAUGCUUUCUUUAACGGGAUCAUUAACCAGUCCCCAUCGGGUUGCCCCGGACGGACAUUCUACACUCGGUCCGCAUUUCUCCAAGCUGCGGGCUCAUAUCCCAAUUUCGGGACCGCGGGCUCCGCAGACGAUUCUAGGCGUGAGAUUGCCGCGUUUUUCGCGCAUGUCACGCAUGAAACUGGACAUAUGUGCUCAAGAGUCGAGACGGGGGGCCAAUCACGAAACUAUUGCGACAGUAGUAACACGCAAUAUCCAUGCGCGCCGAAUAAGGGCUACUACGGGAGAGGCCCGCUACAACUAUCGUGGAACUACAACUACGGUCCGGCUGGUCAAAGCAUAGGAUUCGAUGGAUUGAACAAUCCCGAGAUCGUAGCCAGAGAUCCAGUUAUCUCUUUCAAAACAGCCCUUUGGUUUUGGAUGAGAACUUGUCACGGGCCUAUUACUACGGGACAGGGCUUUGGGGCCACAAUUCGGGCUAUUAACGGCAAUCUUGAAUGCAAUGGGGCUAAUUCGGGUACUGUCACGGCGCGUGUCAAUUAUUACCGGGACUAUUGUGGUCAAUUCCGAGUUGACCCUGGAACUAAUCUUCGGUGCUAAUCUGUUAGUGAACCAAAAUCUAAAUAAAAGUCUGUUCCACAAGUAGUGAGAAGAAUUAGUAAUUUGCUUCUUCCUAAAAUAAAUGUAUUGGUGUAAUGAAUUAUCCAAGAGAUGUAGAGUAUCUUGAUUGCAGUAAAAUAAAACUCUAUUAUGUUUUUUGUUUGGAUUAAUAUUACGGGGUAUUAGCAC